GAAAACAAACCGGAAGAGUCCUUUCUUUUUUGUUGUUGUAUAUUCCGGAUACUCCUCUUCAUUACGAACACCUGUGGGAACCGUGUACGUUUCUUUCUCCUCGCUCAGAGUAAAACCGCGGCGAUAAUGUUCGAGUGUCGGCGGCUCUGUGUGUGACAAAUAGCGGGCAGAGGGAGUGAUGGAGACGGCGGCGUCGGUGUUCGGCUGAGUCAGACCCGCUCCGCUGCACCAUGAUCCCCGUGCCUCUGCUGGUGUUUGUGAUGGCAGCCUGGUGCGCUGUGUACCUGGCUGACACACUGCUCAAGUCGUCAGCGACGUACCGGAUCGGCUACGAGUCAUGGCUGGCGAGUCACGGACUCGCACUCUCUCCGUUCCACGUGAGGUGGCAGACCACCGUGUUCAACCGGCUGUUCGCGUACUGCGCCCGUAUCAAUCCCGGAGCUCUGUACCUGUGGUUCACCAGUGGACUGGUGUUUGGCAUCGUGGCCAUGCUGGGGUCCGUGGUGCUACUGGUGAGGACGCUGCAGCAGACGCUCACUCAGAUGACCACCAACAAUCCUCGUGUCGCAAGCCAGCAGGCCCUGCAGGUGGUGGUCCCAGGAGUUAAUCUGCCCACCAAUCAGCUGGCCUACUUCUUCAGCGCUCUGCUGCUCAGCGGAGUCAUACAUGAGCUGGGCCACGCUGUGGCAGCACUGAGGGAGCAAGUGCGAGUAAAUGGCUUUGGCAUGUUUGUGUUCGUGGUUUACCCCGGUGCCUUCGUGGACCUCUUCACCUCUCACCUCAACCUCAUAUCGCCCACGCAGCAGCUCCGCAUCUUCUGCGCCGGCGUUUGGCACAACUUUGUUCUGUGUGUGGCGGCGUUGGCGUUCCUCUUCCUGUUGCCCGUGUUUCUAUUUCCUGUGUAUUCCACUGGAGGUGGAGCUCUGGUCAUCGAGGUCGUGCAGGGCUCGGCGGCCGAUGGUCCUCGGGGUCUGUCGGUCGGAGACAUUGUGACGGGGCUGGAGGACUGUUCCGUCACCGGAGUGGAGGACUGGAACCGCUGUCUGUCCCACCUGUCUCGCACACCUCAGACCGGCUACUGUGUCCCCACGUCCAGCCUGCAGCCCAGCUGGGCUCAUGGGAGACCUUACAGGCGUCUGGAUGGAACCAUGGACUGCUGCAGCAACAACAGCCUGACAGAUCUCUGCUUCUCCUUCAUGAACCCACAGAGCAAGAGCAGCGUAGAGAAGGAGUACGCCUGCGUGCCGGUGCGUAAGAUGGUGACGGGGACGCGUUUGUGUCGCACGGACGACGACUGCGGCGCGCACUCCCGCGGCGCCGCCAUCUGCGUCACGCCGUCUCUGGAAAACCAGACGCGCUUCAUCCGCGUCACGCACCCUCCCAACACGCACAUGCUGUUUGUGGGUUACCCGCCGCACCUUCAAUACGCUGUGAGUUUGACCAACUUUGUCCCUCGCUUUGGUUUCCUCCACCUGGAUCUGCCCGUCUUCCUGGAGACCUUCUGCAAAUACGUGGUGUCCCUCUCUGGCGCGUUAGCCGUCGUCAACUCCGUGCCGUGCUUCGCCCUGGACGGGCAGUGGAUGCUGAACGCUCUGUUGGAGGCCACGCUGGUCUCCGUGGUAACGGACCGCCAAAAGCGCGAGCUGAUUGGCUUCUUCCUGUUGCUGGCGGGCAGCGCUCUGCUGGCCGCUAACGUGGCGCUGGGCCUGUGGAUGGUCACAGCGCGGUAACCACAGUUUAAACAAAAACAAACAGCCGACCAUUAGACUGUGAACUUACAGGGAACAAACUCUGCUGUUAAACCCAAAACUGGACAAACAGGGAAACAAAAAAAGAUUAAUUUCUUCCACCUUUUUGCCGCUAUGUUCACAAAAGCACAUGAAUACAGAUAAAUAAAGCACCUGCUGUGCUCCAUCCUGUGUGACUGUUUACAAAGACUCUAAUGUGUUUGGGUUUGACUGAAAAACCAACUUGGAUUUUCAAAAAAAGCAAGAAAAAGAAAAGCCAUAUUUUCCCUACAUUUGUUUUUUAAAAAGCCUUAUUUAAUUGGACAACGCAUGGUAAUAACUAUGAUUUACUACCAUGUACACGAUGAUAAAGUGAUUGAUGAAGGUUUUGUAAUAACUGAAACAAACCAAAAAAAAGUAAGUUUUUACUCUCUUGGCCUCUGACUGUCUGUGCUCAAAACUGUGGAAUAAACAACUGGUUUUAUUUAAA